AUGGCUAACGAUAAGAAAUUAUUGUUGGACACAGAAAAAUCAAAAGAUACUGGAUUACAAUUUAUUCAAGAAUAUCCUACAAUAUUGAAUGAAAGGCAGAAGAUUAAGUUUUUGUAUCAUAUCAAAGAAGAGUUACAGUUAAAACGUUCCAUUAGUCGCUAUCCUACCAACACCACCAAUAAUCUACAACCAACCACAACUCUAAGGAAAAAUCAAACUCGUGAAGAAAAAGCUUUUCUGCUGCUAUGGUUAGCUACAACCAACCCCUUCUAAAUACAUCCACCGAUCUAGACUCUCGCAUCGAUACCACAGCAAAUAAUCUCCCGAAUAAAAUUAUUCACCUGAUUAAAUAUUCAACUGAUAUCGCUACUGAUAUCCCACCCACCAAAAGUGUAAGAAAGAAAUUAUGCGUCCCGGCUAAAAUCACCGCCUCCUAUUAGCACGCUCUAACCGUCCGACUUCUUCCAGAUAAUACAGAAAAUAAUGUAAAUUCCAUAACUAUCAAAGAUAGCAAUAGUAAAACCCCUCAACAUGUAACCGUUAAUGCUAAAAUUAGUACUAUGAACGAACCCUAGUCUAAUACCACCGUCAAGAACAUUUGUCCUAGUACUAGCAAAAAAUCUCUCCUAUCUAAAAACCUAAUACAAAAAUCAUCUCAGUUUUUUAAAAGUCAUUCAAUCAACCAAUCUACUCAAAAUGCCUCCUCCAUCUGACAACCUCAUCAGGAUACACUCCUCCGCAAUACCACCGUCAGAUAUAUUCGGCCAAGUACUAUCAAUAAAUAUCCCCCAUCUAAAAUCCUAAUACCUAAAUCCUCUCCAAUUUAAACGUACUUCAAAUCCGUUCUAACUACCCGAAAACGUGAACGAUUUUUUGAUAAGGGUACAUUUAUUGAGUGAUACUAUCGCCGAACACGGGUUUUUAUGGCUUCUUCUUAAAUUUUAAGUAUUACAUGUUAUAGGAUAUGUCUUCAUUGUCCUUUAAGUAAGACUGUUUUUUUUAAUUUUUUAAACAUUAAGGAACUUUUAAUGUUUAUAAAAGAUUAACAUGUUAACAUGUAGAUAUCAAAGAAAGAAAAAAAAAAUCACUUUCGUAAUUUUGUUUAAGUGAAAACUUAAUAUUAAAUAAGAGUUUUGUUUCAAUAUAAAUCUUACUCAUGGUGUACCACAAGGAAGAAUAUUAUGUUUUGAUUUUGUUCGGUAAUGUUUUGAGGUUGUGUUACCAAUUUUUUCAUGCUUCUAAAUUUUUAACUCUAUUCCAUGCUUUAUUUUCUAAAAUUACGAGGGCAAACUUAACAGCGGUAAUCAAAACUGGUUACUCGGACUACACGCAAGCUGUGUCCACUACCGUUUGACGGAAAUAACGGCUAACAACGCUGUGUCCAACGUAAACGAGGUGAUCGUGGUAAAGGCGUUGCGAUACGGGCGACGCGGUGAAUAAAAUUAUCAAACAUAUAAAAAUAGAUUAGAUUAACUAUAAUAUUUUAUAUUUACAUAUUAGAUAUUGUUGUAUGGUCAAUGUGGAACUCAUUAUAUCUGAGGUACAAAAAAGGAAUGUUCUUUGGAAUAAAUUUAAUACAAAGUAAUACUUUGUAUACUUUGUAAGUAUAGAGGCAGAUUGGUGUCUGAGAAAGAAUGAUCUUUUUUUUAUCUAUAUGUAUUAUUGCUUAUUAUGUUAUGUAAUCUACUUUAUUUGUUGCGUUAAAAAAUUAGCGCUGUUAGUUUAAAAAAAAAAUGUUUCAAGGCGGGCGGUAUUAUGUUGCGUGUAGGUUUACCCAUUAAUCCCCAACGUUGCGUAAACGAAACAUUUAUAAAAUGGUUUUUUUUUGUAUGUUAUUGAACGAAACUAUUUGGAAUUUCUUAUACCAUAUUUUCGUCGAUUUUUUUUUACCUCAACUCAAAAUAAAAUGGGAUUUUCCUAAUUAUCAAUUUACAUUUACAAAGCCUUUAGUAAGAAAUAGAUAACAUCAUAUUUAUAGUUUUCAAAUAACUGACCGGUUUUGUUAUUGUUGCGUCUACACAACAUUUGGAUUCCUAGUGGGACUAUAAGCCCUAAUGUGUCACGCCGUUAUCUUCAGCUGCACGUGUAACAAGAGUGUUUUGGUUUGUUUUGAUUAUUCGUAGUGAAUGGUUGUAUGGGUUAGUUAUAAAAUAACAGUGUCGAUUAGUGCAGUUUUACAAAAUGUUGAAUCGAAGCAUAAGCAGGGGGAUGGGCAGUAAUCAGUUACAUGUAUCAAAGUUACGUAAAACGGUUACUUUUGUAAUUUGUAACUUGUAAUCAGUUUCACAAUUUUAAAGUAACUUUUAAAUGUAACGAGUUACAAUUUGUUAUGUAACUUGUAACAAUUAGAUACAAGUAACUUAAGUUACAAAAAUCAUUGAAAAUUGUUACAAUACUAAUUCAUUAUUAUCAAUACUACAAUAAUUAUGUCAUUUUUGUAUUCGAUAAAAAUGAUAUAAUUUUAGUUAAACUUGAAUAUUUUCAUUAAGAGAAAGCUAAUCAAAUAUGAUGUAUUUUAAAAUUUUUGUUUAUUUAGAUAGGUAGCUACUAUCUUUAAAAUGUUAAUAUUAUCAUAAGUCUUGGAAAAUAAAUGUUUUAAACAUUCAAUUACUGGCUCUGAAAACUUGAUAAUAAUAUACUAUAAAUAUAACAAUAAUAUAAUAAUAAUAGUUAAUAAUAUGAUCAUCGUCGAAAUCAAAUUAUAUCGGUGUAAAUAAUAUUUGGAAUUCCGUCAUGAAUAUAAAAGCCUGGAAAAACCGUAGAUAUGAUUUAGUAUGCAAUACGACGUAUGCAUUUUGACAUUUCCUAAUCUAAUAAUAUAAAGAUAAUCACAACUCUAAUAAAUAUUAUAAAAAUAAAAUUGGAAAUUUGUAGGUACUUUGAACAAUCAUGGCAUUACUGGUUUUAGUUUAAUCGAAGUUAUAUGGAUAAAACACCCAUUAUAUUAGAUGGACAAUUGUUUGAAGUUUUAAUUGUUAAGAACGAAAUUGUGAAAGCAAUAUGUAUAUGUAAGGAACAGAAGAAUGAAAAAAAAAACAAUAUCUGGUUCUUUUAAACACCACACUUCGAAUUUUCGUACUCAUAUGAAGGCAAGUUUUAAUUUUUGUAGUUAAUACAAUAUGAAUUAUUAAUUAUUAAAAGGGCGUAGAAUUAUUAUUUAAUUGUCUACUUUUCAGAGGGUUCAUUUUACUAAAUUUGAAGAAUUUGAAAAUUAUGUGAAGAUGAACACUCAAAAGAAAAAUAAUAAAAGUAUGACAAAUUCUAAACAGAUAAAACUAAGUAAUUUAUUCACAUCUAACAGCCAAGGAUUGAAGCAAACCAAAUAUGAAAAUAAUUUGGUUAAUUUUAUUGUUAACAAUAUGAAAUCCCUAUCCAUAACUGAAAAUAAAGAUUUUCAAAAACUUAUUUUGGGUAGGUACCCAUUUAUGAUAAUUUAUAAAAUACACUAAUUGUAUUUAAUCCAAUUUCAAAUAAUAUACUUAUUUAGAUUUAGAUCCAAAUAUUAAAAUUAUAUCUAGGAGAACUUAACCUAACAGUUGGUAGACAUAUAAAUGACAAAUAUAACAAUGUUUCAAAUAAUUAAAAAUUAUUUUUUCAAACACAUUCUGAAGUCCACGUUUGUAUGACCACUGCUGACAUUUGGUCGACAAAACAUCGCAAUUUUAUAGGCAUUACAGCUCACUGGGUAAACUUGAUUAUUUUAUAGCCUAUGGCAACUAUAGGCUAUAAUAUUUUCAGAUCGAUGACAAAACAUCGCCCUUAUACCGUCAUAGUCGUGUUCUAGUUUGCCAACAAUUUUUUGGUGCAUUUGAUAAAAUGAUACAUUGAUACAUAAAUUUGAUAAAAUUGGAGAAAUUAUGGUUAAGACAACUUUUAUUUAAGUAAUGAUAACAUAGUUUCUACAGUAACAGAUAAUGGGUGCAAUUUUGUAAAAUCAUUCAAGGAGUUUGGUUGUAAAAUAAAGACAUCAAACACUGAUUCAGACAGACUCUGACAAAGGUAUAUAUUAUACAUAAAUUAUUUUAUAAUGAUUGAUUUUAUAACGGGUCAAUAUAUUUAGGAUAUGGACAAAGAUCUUAACGAAGACAAUGAGUUAUCAUUUUUGGUUAUUGGUGGAAAUGAAUAUGGAGACAUCCUACUAAGAAUACUACCCCAACAUUUAUGUUGUGCAUCACAUACACUUAGUCUAGUACAGAUUUCCAGAAUAUAUUAAAGAAUUCAAAUGCUAAAAAGUACCAUCAUUCAGCAUUAUCAUAAUGUUUGACCUUAUGGAAUUUGUCAUGAAGACUGAAAUCAUCAGAAGUUAUUAGUAAUAUAAUUAAUUGUUCUUUAAAAUAUCUUGCUAUUACAAGAUGGGAUUCAUUAUAUGAUUUCAUACCACAAUUAUUUUAACAUAAAGCAAAAUUAAACACCUUGACUAAAGAAUUAGGUUUAAAAUAUCAAUUUAACAAAACUGACAUAAGUUAUUUGACUGAAUUUGUUUUAAUAAUGAAACCAAGCUUGUGCUCUGGAUCAUCUACAAAGUGAAUCAAGUUUUUACUAUGGCCAUUUAUUCCUACUUUAUUUUCAUUAAAAAGUCCAUCGCAAUUAUUAAAGAAACAACAUUUGCUUUCAACUUCAUCGAUCCAUUAAUAACCUUGUUAGAAAAAUGAUUCAAACCAUAUUUUGAUCUCUCUCCUGAAGUUAAUGAAGCUAUAUCGGCACCUUGUUUUCAUCAUACAUUUAAAUUAAGAUGGAUUCCUGAACAUGAUGAAAUUAUGAAAAAUAGAGUUAAAAGUCUUAGUAUCAACACUGCUGGAAAAUAAAUAAUGAAUGAGUCAUCAGUAGAUUAUAUAGACGAUGAGGACUUUUUAGUAUUUUCUUCUCAAGAAUUUAGAAGUAGUUCAGUUUUUUAACAAUAAAAAUAAGGCAUUAACAUAUUGAGACAGGUAUUGAUCCUACUGUAAACAAAUUAUUCACCAGAUACAAUACAAGUUUACCAUCAACUCCAGUCGAAAGAUUGUUUUUGUUUGCUGAAUUUAUUCAUGUCCCAAAUAAAGAUAAUUGAUCAAAUGCUAAUUUUGAAAAACUUGUAUUUCUCAAAGGAAAUAAUAUUUAUAGUUAAUAUUAUUACCAGAAUUUGUAAAUAAUAGUGCUAAUAAUAUGAACAGUAUGAUUGACUUAUUUUUAAUUGAUUUAUAAAAACUAAGUGUAUUAUCAUUUUAAUUAAUAUAUCUAUGCAACAAAACUAAGUUAAACAGUACCCACUCAUUUGAAUUUAUUUUUGACAUCUUUAUAUUCGAUAAGAAUAAUAUUAUUAUAACAUAUAAUAACAUUAUUUUUAAUUCAAGUAAAUAUUUAAUUUUAAAGUUAUUAUUUUAUGACCACAAUAAUAUUAUAGUUUUAUAUGUAUCUACAUCCCCAAACCUGGCAAACCUCCCGACUCUCCCGAAUCAUACAGGCCCAUUAGUCUUCUUCCACUAUUUUCUAAAAUUUUUGAACGAAUUAUCCUAAAACGCAUCCUUCCUAUCAUUGAAGCCAAUAUACCUAAUACCCAAUUUGGAUUUCGUCAUAACCACUCUACAAUACACCAAGUCCAUCGUCUUGUGGAUAAAAUAUCGUACACUCUUGAGAAAAAGCUUAUUUGCACAGCUGCCUUCCUCGACGUAUCACAGGCAUUCGACAGAGUUUGGCACGAAGGCCUACUCUUCAAACUCAAAUCUAUUCUUCCACCUACUAUUUCCUAUUAUUUAAAUCCUAUUUAGAAAACAGACAUUUUUCCGUUCGAUCUGGCUUCUCCUUAUCCGAAGUAUCACCUAUCCACGCAGGGGUACCUCAAGGUUCCGUAACAGCACCUCUACUCUUCAAUUUAUUCACCUCAGAUCAACCUACCACCCCCAACACUACAAUUGGUGAUUUUGCUGACGACAAGGCGCUCCUAGCGAUCCAUUCCGACCCCGAAAUAGCCUCAAACCUCGUACAAAAUCACCUCAAUCUCUUAUCAACCUGGUAUAAAGACUGGAGAAUAAAAAUCAAUGAAACAAAAUCCAUCCAUUAUACGUUCACUCUAAGGCAAAUAGUCUGCCCGCCCAUCUUCCUCAACAAUGUACCUCUCCCAACCGCCCAAAAUGUUAGAUACCUAGGUUUACAUUUAGACCGCAGGUUAACUUGGGCAACUCACACCCACAACAAAAGACUUGCCUUAAAUAAUCGCUCUCGACAAUUACGUUAUCUCCUCACAUCACAACAUCUCAACUUAAAAAACAAGCUACUAUUAUACAAACUCCUACUCAAACCAAUCUGGACAUACGGUAUCCAACUCUGGGGGGCAGCCAAAAAGUCCAACUUAAAUAAAAUUCAAAUCUUCCAAUCUAAAUGUCUCCGUCAAAUAACCAAAGCUCCCUACUUUGUAUCUAACGACACUCUACAUAAAGAUCUAGCUAUUCCAACAGUUCAAAACGUUGCAAAAACUUUCUACAAACGCACACACUCCAAGUUCCACAGCCAUCGUAAUCCCCUGAUUACCGAACUAUCUAUCAACACUAUUCCUGGUGACCCCAGAAGGCGUCUAAAACGUACCUGGUGUCGUGACCUACUAAUAUAA